CGCGCCACCGCCUCCUUCUUCUCUCCUUCUUCCCACAGCCGCCCCUGCCCGUCGAGGCAGCGCUCCCAGGCUUCCCCGGGGCGCUCGGCAUGAGGAGGAUCAGGGCCAAUGCUAUCGCCAUCCUGACCGUCGCCUGGAUCCUGGGCACUUUCUACUACUUAUGGCAGGACAACAAACCCCGCUCGGCGGCUGCCGGCAGGUCCGCCGGCGGCGGUAGCGGCGGCGCCCGGAGCGGGCAGAGGGCGGCCGGCAGACUGGAGCUCCGCCGGGAGGAGAGGACCAUCCCCCUCAUCAUGACUCGAACUCCCCCAGGAGAGAAGAACAGCCGGAGGGCUUUUGAUGAAAAGGCUUAUUUGUCCUCAAAGCUGCUGAAGGCUGGAGAAGACCCCUACCGCCAGCACGCUUUUAAUCAGCUGGAGAGCGACAGACUCAGCAGCGAUCGACCCAUUCGGGACACCAGGCACUACAGGUGCACUUCUGUACGCUAUGACGCUGACUUGCCAGCUACCAGUCUCAUCAUCACCUUCCACAAUGAGGCACGAUCUACCCUGCUCCGCACGGUGAAGAGUGUUCUGAACCGCACCCCUCCCAAUCUCAUCCAGGAGAUCAUUUUGGUAGAUGACUUCAGCUCAGAUCCUGAGGACUGCCAGCUCCUUACCAAGAUCCCAAAGGUCAAGUGUCUACGAAACAUACGUCGAGAAGGGCUGAUUCGCUCUCGGGUGCGAGGAGCUGAAGUGGCUACUGCUGACAUUCUUACAUUCCUGGACAGUCACUGUGAAGUCAACAGUGAGUGGCUGCAGCCAAUGCUUCAGAGAGUGAAAGAGGAUUAUACCCGAGUGGUGAGUCCAAUCAUUGAUGUUAUCAGCCUGGAUAAUUUUGCCUACCUGGCAGCAUCAGCAGAUUUGAGGGGAGGGUUUGACUGGAGCCUUCACUUUAAGUGGGAGCAGAUUCCUAUAGAGCAGAAAAUGUCUAGAACAGACCCAACUCAGUCUAUAAGAACCCCUGUUAUAGCAGGAGGCAUCUUUGUGAUUGACAAGUCCUGGUUUAACCACCUGGGAAAAUACGAUACUCAAAUGGACAUCUGGGGAGGAGAAAAUUUUGAGCUCUCUUUCCGUGUGUGGAUGUGUGGUGGCAGCUUGGAGAUCGUUCCCUGCAGUCGAGUGGGACACGUGUUCAGGAAGCGCCAUCCCUAUGACUUUCCUGAGGGCAAUGCAUUGACUUAUAUCAAGAACACCAAGCGCACAGCAGAGGUGUGGAUGGAUGAAUACAAGCAGUACUACUAUGAGGCCCGGCCAUCUGCUAUUGGGAAGUCGUUUGGAAGUGUUGCAGACCGAGUGGAGCAGCGACGCAAACUGAACUGUAAAUCCUUCCAGUGGUAUCUGGAGAAUGUCUACCCUGAGCUCAAGAUUCCUGAAAAGGAGUUGAUUCCAGGAAUAAUUAAACAAGGUGGAAACUGCCUGGAGUCUCAGGCACAGGAUACCACAGGGAAUAUAUUGGCUGUCAUGGGAAACUGUAAAGGGACAGUGAACAAUCCACCUGUCACUCAGGAGUGGGUAUUCAGUGACCCUCUAAUUAGACAGCAGGACAAGUGUCUUUCCAUUAACUCCUUCUCUACUGGCUCUCAAAUCACACUGGAAGCCUGCAAUCAAAAAGAUGGCAGACAGAAGUGGAAGAUGAAAGGCAGUUUCAUUCAACACUUUGUCAGUGGUCUCUGCCUGGAAAACAAGACUGGAAGAGUGGUUACCAACCCUUGUCAAGCAGGUGUACCUGGCCAACAGUGGGAGCUGCUACAAGCAACAUGAUGUCUCCAUUGCUCGGUGAACACAUCUGAAGAGCUCCUGUAUCCCUCUCCUUUAGGGGACCUAAGAUUCAUUCCUUCAGUGUGACUUGUGAGCACUUAAAACAAAAGCAAAGGAGCCCUGGAGAACUGCAAAUAUUGUAAUUAGAUGUUUAGAUAUACCUAAAACCCCUCUUGUUUUCAGUGUGUUUGUUUUGCUGCUAGAGUAGCAAGAACCAGCAGUGCACUGCCCUGUGAAAGUAAACAAGAUAUUUGCAGCGUGCUGGGCUUCUGGCUCUGCUUCUCCAGUGGAGAACUCAGUGCCCACGUGCAGGCAGGAGGCAUUGCCCCUCCAUCACUCUGGUAAGUUGAGUGCAAGGUAGCAGCCAUCCACCUUUCCAAGACUUUCUUUAAGGUGUUCUGCAAAUGCCUGGGAUACAGCCCAGAGCUGUGUUAAAAAAUGUUUCUGUGCUGCAACAUGUUGCAAAGGAGCCACUGGGCAAUGGGAGUCUGAGUAGGGGAGGGAAGUGAACGAUCCUUUUACUUUUUUGACUGAUCUGCAUUUGUUUGAGAAAUGCUGCUUAAAUCUCUCCAGUGACUGACCAGUAAUUAAACCAGACCAGAACAAGGUAGUAUUUCUGUGCUGAAAAUGACACUGGGUAAGUGUUCAGACUUGCUAUUUUUGAGACAUCCCAUCUGAAUGGAAAUAGUGGCUUCUGCUUGACAUAUUGAUGAAACUUGUGCUUUACAAAUCUGAAUCAUUAAGGUAAAUCCAGCUUCAUCUGUACUGCAUGGUGAAAAAAAAAAAAAAGAGAAAGAAAAAGAGAAAAGAUAACAAAAAUAAUCCACCUGGGACAAAAUCAUGGUUUUAAUAUGAUUUUGGUGGAAACCAGCUUCUCUGGUUUUGAUUUCCAUGGAAACUAGUACAGCAGCACUGCUUACCACUGCCUGCAGCAGAGCUGGGCUUGGCAGUAACAACAGCAGCAGUGCACUGGGUGAUGAGCUGGCCAGUGCCUGGGGGAGGCACAAAUUCAUGACCAUGAAGUGAACAAAAUGGGUUCACUGACCCAAAAGGCCACCCAUGGAUCCCUCUGCACCUCCAGAUCUGUCUCUACUUUCUUUUUCCAAGGGUUUUUCUUCCUGAAUUUUGUGUUCAGAGCCCAGGGGUGCUUUGCCUUCUCCCCAUCUCAGUUUCAGGUGAUGGAUGUAUCUCAGUAUCCCCCUCUCUGUAGCAGCCUGAGCUUCUUGUAAGCAUGGUGGCUACUGCCUCCUGGGGUGGUUUUGAGCUCUCACAGGCUUCAUCCCAACUCUUGAGAUCCCUUUGCACCUCACGCCCUGGCAUGUCAUGUCACUGCCCCACGGGGCUGCCAUGGGGUCUCCUGAUGAUUGUUUAGUUUUAGCCCGCAGACCUGUUGCUGUCUGCUAUGCUGAAGGCUUCCCUUCAGCAUCAGGGUAACCAGAACUGGCCCUGCAGCAUAGCUGUAUUUUGGAAGUUCCUACAAAGGUUUCAAAGAAGUGGGAUAGCUGCAUGCAAAGCACAGAGAACAGCUUAUUUGAAGAGGUGAUAUCUUUUUACAGUUCACCAGACUGUGUGUGUAUUUCUUUACCCACCUUGUUUCCCAAUCUUCCCAACAUAUAAUGAGGACAAACCAGAAAUCAUGUCAAUGGUGGUAUAUUUUGAAGAUAAUGGCUUGCAUUUCACCCUUGCUGAAGAGAAGCAGUGUUGUUCCCAGUGCUGUGCCAAACAGAAAAGCAGUGGAAGGGGAAGUGCUGAGAUAGGUAUGAAGACACACAAAUGUGGCCAUGGUUUCUAGACUGGAAAAAAUGGGAAGAUGCCUGAUGAGUGCCUUUCAGCCCAAUCAGUAGUAGAGCCUUUCAGCCCAAUCAGUAGUAGAGCAACAGGAUGAAGAAGAAAGAAAUGUGAAAGGAACAGGAGUCUUCCUGUGAUGUCUAGGGGUGUUUCUGGGACAACACUGUGCAUACACUUGUCGCACUGGGGAAACAGACUCAAUCAGAACUGUUCCUGCUUGGACUAAAUUCCUGUUGGCUUUAAGAAAUGUGAGUGGCAGGGAGAAUGCUGCUGGCCAGUCACUGGCUUCAUGGCAGGAGCAGCAGUAAAGAGCUGGACAAAAGGCAGGUAUGAGACUGAGGGCUAGAGGGCAGCUUUGUGGUUAUCCUGCUUGGUAUUUCUUCAGCAACAGACACAGGGAAACUGGUAAUAUAGCAUUUAAAUCUUGAAGUAGCUACUAGGAAUGAGAGAAAUACAGCUAAUGCUUGAAUCAGAUUUGCUUUCUGUAUUGACAGUGUUCAGGGGAUGCUCUGUACAGAUCCUCCCUCAGUAUCCAGCAUCACCUCUCUUCCCCUUUGAAACACCCUACCUAUCUCAAGUUAAUACACUGUUUAAUACACUGAUACUUCUCUCCAUUAAAAUCAUCUUAAUGACAGCAGUAGAUGAAGGCUUGACUAUGUGGGCUUACCAUCUGGACUGCCUCUGCUGCUCAGCAUGCUGCAGGAUGGGGAGCAUGUCGGUGUUUCAGCGACUCAGGCAUGGAGGGAUCUAUUUGAGGCCGAAGUCGGUUUUUUUCAGGUAAUUUCUCAGAUUUUUGAGGAAAAGUAGCAAAUUGUAGAAGAGACUUGAUUCCAAAUUGUUGGGUUUGCUCAGCCUGGUGUAUUAGGUUUGCAGGCUGCUUUAUCCUUUCAGCCAGCCCUUAGUAGUUCUAAGCCAUCCCCUGGACCAGGCUUACUGGCAUGGGCUCCAUAGUGCAUCCUGACUGUGGGUGGAGAUAUUCAGCUGCCAUAGGGGUAGCUGGGUUCCUUGCUCUUACCUCCUGCCAUAUCUAGGAUUUCCAUGGAGCCUUUACCUCCAAGAGUGUUGUUUAGUCUAAAUCACUCAGCCUGUGAGAGCUGAUGAUGCAGAAGCCAUAACAUACCUGUUGAUGAAAAUGGGGAAUUAAAAAUGCAACAGAUGUGGCUAAGUCUAAAAGCAUACCAAAGGGUCUUCUGCUUGGGGUGCAAUUAUGGAGUGUGAAUGUUCAGGCUGGGUCUUUCACAGCUCCUCUCCAGGCUUCAGUGCAGCAUGUUCAGUCUUUUGUAUUUUUUCUCUCUUAAACGCUACUGUGCCAAGAUUUGUUGUGUGCAGUUCUUUAACUGGAGACUGCACUGUUACAACGCUGCUGACAAGGACAACCAAAUGAUCUCAAAGUCCCUCUAAUUACCCAAAGCUGAAGUGUCACCUCUGCUUUCUGUCUGAGGAGAUGAAAGCAAUGUUCAAAGAGACCCACUUAAUACCUUAGCAUUUUUCAAAGCAAUCAACUGCUCCAAGCUUUUUUCACCCCAAGCAAUCUAAAUGCUAAAUAGAUAUUUAAAAUAAUUAUCAUCUCUAAGACGAGGAGCCAUUUUUCCCUGCAAACACCUGAUGCUCAUUAGCAACAUUUAACGUGUCACACAUCACUUCUGUUUACUCUAAAUUUUUGUGGGAGAAGUUUGUCAGGUAUCUGCAAAUAAUGAGCCUAUGCUGAAGAGUUUGGGGAAGCCUCUGGAGCACAAAUCCUUUGUCCUGAGAGAGAAGGGGUCUGGAUUUCUGCAAAACUCUUCCCUUUCCCCACUCCCAUCUUCAUUUUGAUCUUAUUAAAAAUAAAUAGUGCCACUGAACUACACCAACCUGGAACCAGCAUAAGCCAGGUUCCCAAAUCAGAGAUGAGCUCAGCCUGGAGGGGCAGGGUGGUAGAAAAGCUGGCUUCAGCCUGUCUUUGCAGCUUCUCUUUCCCAGGGCAGAAUGGGACACAACUGGGACACUGGUGGCUCCUUGCAGCAUCCAAGAGCCCUUGACAGGACCAGCAGCUGCCAGCACAGCUGUAGCCCCUUUGCCCAGGAACCUCUCUAGCACAUUCUGAACUAUGAAUCCCAUGGGGCUGCUGCAAGGCUGGUAGAGCAGCUUUCUCACCACGAGCAGAGUGUCCUGCUGGGGGAAGUCCAUAGGAGGGGUCUGCUCACUGUACCUGAUACGGCUGUCAGGAAUCACUCCCACCCGUGUACCAAUGCAAUAUAUCAAUGAAGGAACAGACUCUUUGGGAAACUGGGGCUGCUCAAGGUGGAUCUGUUCUUAGUUCUGCCUGCUAAAGCUGUUCUGCUUUGCAGCUCACAUGAUAAUAAAGCUUGGUUUGAUAAAGGAUGUAUGAUUCUAGCCUGGUGGUUGGAGAGCUUUGUAUCUUUGCAGCAUGGCCUGGAGCCUGAGAUUGCUUCAGGAAUUACUUUGCAUUUUUAUUCAGUAACCAUUUAAUUUCAAGCUCAUAAACAGCCUUUGGAACAGUGCCUGGAAUGCAGGACCUUCCUGCAAAUACCCCAGCUGCUACUAGAAAACUAUAAUUACUUUCACUCUGGUGCAGGCCAUCCUCAGAUAUUCCAUACCAAGGAUUUCAAAAGAGCCUCACCAUAAGACAGUUAGUAUUUUGGCCUGUAAUCCUUACUGCCAGCCCCAGACAAGCCUUUAGAGUUUGGUGAAAUAGAGAAAGCGGUGACUCUUAUUUUUCCAUUUAUUUUCACUGACUGUGUUUGGAGAAGGCUUAUCCAAUCAAGGAAGGGGGAGGAAUGCCUUGUUUAUGAGUUCCCUUAGUACUUACUCUCAGAGGUGCCUGAACACAGCUGAGACUAAAACGCUUCUGGACAGGUGUUGAAACAGAUCCUGAAUUGUGAAGACUGAGAUGUGCAUAUUUGAGGUGAAUCCAGCUUUGGACAACAGUUUAACAGAAGCUUUUUGGAUUCCAGUGUGAGAUCUAACAAUUCACAUUGCACCUACACCCUUUGGAUCUGGGCUUUUGGACACUGUAUGUUGUCUGGGGUACAGCUGGAAAAGAGUCUGAAAUCAUCUGACUUUGAGUGCUAUGUUUUGGCUAGGAUGCCACAGAUACUUUCUAAAGUUCUUAUUCAGAUGUCUUAUUUGAAUAAUACAUGUUUUGUUACCACAGGGGUUCUUAUCCUGUGAUAUACUGCAAACAAGGCUGAAGGUCUCAAGUGAGUGGAGUUCAUGGGACCCUUUGAUGGGUGUACUGUGCAUGGUAAUGCUAUCAUGCUAUGACCUCUGUGACCUCAGCGCCUCCAGACACCAUGUUUGUUAGUAAAAAAGAUCAUAAAAUCUCAAAGGGGUUUUUUGGUGUUGCUCAGAGGAAAAGCAAGCACUGCUGUAGGAAUUUCCUCUGAAUUAAAUAGUAAUAAAACCUGACCUGGAGGACUGUGAGCAUGUGUGAGAAGGGUUACUUGGGGGCUCUCCCUCAUACCCCAGGGUCCCCACCACCUGAUCUGUUCAGUCACUUCUUAAUCUGACCAUAAUCCCAGCAAGCUAAUGAAAGGGAAGUGGCAGGAAAGGCUCAGUGCCUGCUGCAGCAAUGAGUGACCAAGCAGAUCCUGAAAGCUGUAAAAGCUUUUAAGGAGAUCAAUAUUCCCUGUGCACUCAUUUCUAAUUGAGCUUUAUUGCAGUCUCUGAUUCAUGUAGUUCAUUAAAUGGACUCGGAGUUUCUAUAACUAAGUUUAUACUCCUAGGGCAUAGGAUCAAAAUAGCAGCAACAAGCAAUUGCCAAGGCCCCUAGAACUCAUCUGGAGAAGUAAUUGCAAGAGUGCUGAAGUAUUAGAUUUCAAAGAAGCGUGGAUAUGGUUAAAUCAGUAUUAUUAAUUACAUUUAACUUUACAAAAAAAAGUUAUCUGCCAUGUUAAGAGUGACUUUAUAAACCACCCAGUGCCAUGAAGUAGGUAUUUCAACUAAUUUGUAGUACCAGUUGCAUUCUUGGGGCAAGUAUUUUCUGAGUCUUCAUGAAGUCCAUGAGUAAGCAGCUCCUAAACAGUAACUAUAUCAGCUAGAGUUACACCAUCUCCAGUUCUCUCAUUUCCAUGACACUCAUACCCAAAACACCAAACUCACAGAAACAAUGAGGAAAAUAUGUACAAAAUACUUGGAAAAAACCACUACAUAUUGCAACUCCUUAUCUACCUUAGGUCUGCAUAGACACUUUCAUCUUCCCUACAAAACAUCUGUAGAAGAUAUUACGUAAAAAGAAAUAGGACACAAACCCCCAGUACCAGAAUGCUUAUGUGUAUCUGGUCAGAUACAAGUGCUACACAGCCCAUUUGCCUGGUUCCCUCAGUGACACACACCAGGUAUCUAAGGAAAAAUGUGAGAACAGGGUGAUUGUGUGGUGCUGCUCUCCCAAAACACUUUCAGGGCCCUCAGUAACUUCUGAUGCAUUGACACCCUCAGCCAGUGCUGCCAUCCUUGGAUUUAACAGCCAUAACAGUGAAUAGGAAGAGGGUGUGUUUCAAUUCCCUGAGGAUCCUCUGCAUUAACUGAUUAGCACUGCUUAGUUAGGGUGAGUGUCAGUUUUUGAUGGAAGGUAGGGCAGGAGAUACCAGGUAGGUCAGUGCAUGUGUGAGGAGGGAAAGGGGCAACUGGACCAAAGUGUUGAGCUGGUAUUGGGCUGGGACUUGUAUUUUACUCUGACAUUACAUUACCAAAGGAGAGUCUAGGCAAGUCACAUAGGUAGUUUUUUUCAAUCUGAAUUAGGCAUCAAAUACCUUUGAGGCUGGACCUCCAUUCUACCUGCAACUAGAUUUAAGUGAUGUCUAACUUCUAAAGACAGCAUGCCUCGAAGUAGUAAUGAAUUUUCUACAGGAACAGUUUAAACAGAGAAGCUGGAUUUACAGAGCUUAAAAUGUUUUAUUUGAGGUGUCUUUGGGGGCAGGUGGAGGCUGAUAAAAAUUCUACUGGCUUCUACUCCCCUACAAGAGGAAUCUGGGCCUCUAAGUGAGCUGCCUACGCAUCCUGCACCAAGGGAGAAUGGGGUCUGAGGAGUGGGACAGACAGUGGAGCCAGCAUGCUGAGUAGGGAGCUGCCUAGGUUAUACAACAUGCUAACAAAAUGUUUAGUCCGUUAAUUAUAAGAUGGAGGGAGGUACCUAUAUACCUCCUGGAGCUACAGCUGACCUGAUUUGGUGCCUUUCUGCCAAGAAGCAGAGCAACACAGUUUUGUGGUUAACGUAGCUCCUGCUCUGCUUAUUUCAGAGAGGCUUUGAGUUCCCUGGAAUAUCCAGGGUCAGUGUCCUCAUUAAGAUCAAAUACUUGGUUAUUCCCAUGUGUUUCUUUCUCAAGCUUUCUAGCUGAAGUUAUUUCAAUUUGUACGAAUACUUUUACUUGGAGAUCAUAGAGGCAAGGAAUAGAGUGAUCUACAAACAAUUGUGUUGUAAACACAAAAAAACCCCACAUGCCAUUUUAGGAGGCAAUAAAGGAUUUAUUUCUGAUUAAGAGUAAGGAGGUAUCAUUACCACAGUACUAAAGACAGGUAAUCUUCAUUUAGAGCUGCAGGUGCAGUUGUUUCAUUGAACUAUGUUCAAUCAAAGACAAACUUAGACAGGAAAACCUGCAGAAAACUGCUAUGAUGAGCAGGAAACAAACAUAAAGUGGAUAGAAAUUGAAAUUAAACUCACUUGACCCAGAAUCUAGGAGGAUACUAGUGAGCUGAGAAGUGUGUUCUAGAAGAGCAUUACAAACCAGGCAAGGAAAGCAGCAUUGUUUUGGCACUGGUUAAACUUCCAGAGAUGAUGACAAUGGAGAAGAAACAAUUCUGGAUUUGAGAAAUGCACUUCUUUGAAGAGAAGACUUGGACGCUGACUCAGCUUGCUACACUUUGGUUAGUGCUUCUACUGCAUUCCAGUGGAAUAGAUGUACAGGCUAAGAAUUACCUCAGAGACCAAGUUAAUGUGCUGAGAGAUAGAGAUUCUCCCUACCUCCACUUCUGUCCUGCUCCGAGCCUGAGAGCAGGCAUAACUAAAAAUGAAAUUUAGAACAAGAUUUAUGUCUAGUCCUAGCUUCGUUGAUUUUCCUCUUUCCCUUGCAAGUACAUUACUGGGUACUGCAUUAGGAUGCCUUUGUCUCCAGUGAGAUUUGCAGGAGACUGAGGUGGAGGCAGAGGUGUGAUUGGUUUUUCUUCUCCAUUGCCACACGUGGUCUGCUUCUUACUUUCUCCGGGUAUUUUGCAAUGUCCUUCAGCUUUCCCUAGCAGUGUGUUACAGAGUCCUGAGGCCUUUUCUCUCUUACACUGAUUUUUCUUUUUUAAUUUACUGAGGGCUGGAAAGAGGGGGGAGUAUGGAGGGUUGCAUCUGGGUGGCAAGUCCGAUGACCUCCAGGGACUAAACCUCUGUGACAAGGCAUUAUUGUCAGUGUCCCACGUGAACCUUCAUUCAUACAAAGAGAGUAUCAGCACAGAAUCAAAUCUGUUCUGCAUUCUGCCUUUAUCCCUGGGGAGCAGCUGCACUUUCUGUAGCCUAGUGAAUAUUAUUCUUGUGUCACCUAAAUCCCCUCAUGGAUACUUGAUGUCCUGCCGUUUUCAGCACUGUUCUAGGUGACCCAGGGAACACUGAGUUCAAGUGCCUGCAUGAAACUGGUCAGAAUAGGAACUCAAAGCUUAGAUUUCCCAUUUUUCAUUAUAUGGGAUGUUUCAAUAGUGACUCCAAUAGAAUGGCAGAUAAUUUGAGGUCUGGAGCUUUGUUCCAGCCCAUCUAGUCAAAUCCUGCUCAGGGUGGGUCUAACCAGAUCAGAUUGCUGUGUCCAGUCAGCUCUUGAGCAUAUCCAAGGAGGGAUAUUCCCCAGACUCUCAGGGCAAGAGGCUUGUGUUGAGUGUGUGUGAAACCCAAUCCCCUAGGUAACUAAGAAGAUAAUAAAUUAAAUUUAGGAGUCUUAGUUGGGAGGACUAUGGAGGCACUGCAAGGGGUGCAGAAGCAGAUCAACUAGGGUGUGUACAGAACUGACAACAAAACCCUCGCUAAUGCUCCACCAUGCAUGGCAUAUGCAGCAUGCAAGUUUUACCUGCAUGUCAUUGCAAACUCAGCACAAAUAGUUGGAAUAAAACCUAUGAAUUGGAGCUGUGCCCAAACAUCAUUCAGAUAAACUGUUCCUACAGACAUAGUUCAGAUUACAGAAAACUAAUCGCUAGAAUCCAAUGUUUUCCUAUAACAAAUCCAGACAGGUCUUACUUUAUCUUUAAUCCCUUUCAGACACAGUGAGGAAAAAGCAUUUAUUAAUAGGUGAGAAUAGAGAGCUGCCUUGCACUAUGUAAACCCAAACACCUCCAUUCACUGAAUUUCAGUGGCAGAUUAAUUCCCUUGCUAUUGCCAUGAAUGGUACAUUAUAUUUGGCCAACACUAAGUAACAUUAUAACAGACAAUACAUUCACUGUAGAAAACCUGAGAGAAUUGACUAAUAUGACAGAGGUGUAAAAUAAUUUUCUAUUUCAACAGAUUUACUCUUGCAGUUUAUGUACAGCUAGUACAAGUUAGUUAUCAUUUUACCUUGAGACAAAAGCUGAAGUCAACAGUUCUGGACUUCAGAGGCAAGUGGGUACCUAAGGCAAGUAGCUCAGCUGCUCAGUGAGGCUGAGAAAGAUGCUGAGGAUCUCCAGCCUCAUCCAUAGACUGUCUCAUGCUGGAGAAUUGCUAAAUUAUGCUCCUUGAUCCCCCAAAUACUCCCCGCUCCCCCCCAACCUAUGAUAAUAGUAAAACAAUUUGUUUGAAUGCUCACCAGGGUCCAGAAGACACUUAACAGCUUCAGAGCAGUCAAAAGCAGGAGCUUGAAAUUACUCUGUGCUUGUAACCCAGCUACCCUCGAUUUUACUGUUCAUUACCGUUCUUGAUGGAUUGUUUGAGUUUUCAGUGUAGCUGAGUUUCAGUACAAUCAGGCCCUUACUCAGUGGGGAUUGCAAAUUUAUGUAACUGUUUAUAUACUCUAAAGCAAAGCAGCUGGAGCAGUGCAUCACAAAAUAGCACAAAUUGCUCGGCAUACAGUAAUGAGAUCACAACCAGCAAAUUUGCAACUUUUUUCUUAACCUUUUCUAAUGCAAGUGAAGAAUCAGGUGGUUCUUUCAACCUAAAAAAUACUGUGGGUAGUCAAGUCUCCUCUUGCUGUAAACAGGUUUAUUAGUUACUAAUAAAGAUAACAAGGUGGUCUUGGCUACUACUUAGCUUUUCUCCCCUGUACAUGACAGCAGCGUUAAGCACAAGAGCCAAUGGAUCUAACAAUGGGGAUUGCCACUACCUUCCUGCCCAGCUUACAGUGCAUUGUGAUGGCUGUCAAGAUUUCAGUCUAUUUUAAAAGAACAUGAUCAUGGAAAUAGCAGUAGACAAGUAUUUUAACUACCCAGCUUAUUUACCAUCAAAGCAGGAAUACAAACUCAUUUUGCUUUUCACAAUUCCCCUUCAGCAUACUGAAGGAGGCUGGAGAAUGGGAUUCCUAUAAGAGAGAGAUCUUGUUAUUAUUGUGGUGUCAAAUACAAUUCAGAUUCUAAUCUUAGUGAGGUUACUCCCUGACCCAGUGCAUUGCUGAGUGGCAGAAGGAUGCAGUGGUAGAUAAACUGGUCCCUGGUAUAUAUACACCAGUUUAUCUACCAUGCUUGUUUUUGUUCUCAAAAUCUCAUGUUGUUUUUUGGUUUUUAAGUGACCAGCUACUCUGCUUGUCUGUGCUGACUGGCAGUCCUGUUCUCCCCUUCCCCACAAGACCCAGUGUCUCUCUCGUACAUAGCAUGAAGUAACAUUAUGCCUUUCAACAGCAGGAACUGCUAGAUCAGCUCAGCCAUCACAGAACUUCACCCUACUAUUCAGUGAACAACCAUGCCAAGAAAUUAGUUGUACUGUUCCAGUCAUGUCUCAACUUAAAAUCCAUAACAGGCAGUCCAGAGACUGUGGGAGGACUUCCCUAUUCCACGAUAAGCAAAGCAGCAGCAUGGUUCAUGGCUCCACAAAACAAGCAGAAGUCAAGCAAGCACCUCUGCACUCCUGGCAAAUGGAUGAGGGCUCACACGUCUCCUUGGCCUGAGGCUAGGCUUGCUUAAUGAACUUCGCCUUUAAGUAUUUCCACACUUGGAAAUACUAGGUCUCUGAACUCCAUUCUUCAUCCCUGUUUUACAAUACUGUACCACUCUCCUGCAGAAACAGCCAAUAUAAUUUCCUUUAUCAUUUACUCCCACACUGUGGCAGGCAUGACCAGCACUGCUACUUGUGCCUAUCCUUAACGCAAGAAACAAAAGACAAUUUGCUGCAGGCAAAGCACGCAUGGGAUGGCAGAUUCUUUUCUGACAUCCUUUCUGUAAUCGUGCAAUUUUUUAUGGCUUUACUUGCAAAAUGCUGCUGCUGAGCCUUACUUUUAAAGUAGCUGAACUUGGGUGAAUGAUCAAUAUCAAAGUGCUGUCUGAUGCCUCUAAGGAGACGUGAAACUGCAAAAAGUAGUAAAUGCCCUGCUGUCAUCCUUUACUCAGUAGGAGCCAAGAAGCAAACUGGAGUAAUUUUUCACCUGGCCUAUAGAACAGACUACCUUACUAGAGUGGCAGCCUACUGGCAUGUAAUAAGUUUCCAAGGGUUCAUAACCCUCUUCACUGUAUUUCUGAAGGCAAUGAUUAGUUGGAGACAACUUUCCAGAUUCUUCUCUCUAGCUAGUUGCUCAUCAGGUAGACGCUGCAGCAUUUUUUUCUUCCUUUCAUUAAGUUGUUCAACUGCUCAGUUAAGCAACAAAUCCUGAUGUUUCAUGAAUAGUUUAUCAAGUAAAGUGCAACUCUAAAGGACUGUGGAGAAUAUCAGCUCAAAAACUAUGCACAGAGAGUUUUAACUAGUAGCUUAUUUCAGAAAAGAAAAAAAGCUUUGUAGCUGGGUGACAAGGGGGAAAAGAAGUGAUGCCCACGUGCCUUGUCUUAAAGUGGCUUACAGACCGUACUUUUUUAUCAGCAGAAGGCCAAGUUUGGCUCCAGAGUUAUAAAAGGAACAUUUACUUGCAUUUUCCAAUUCUGUGAAAACUUCAGUUACUGAGAUGACCACAGAAGUUUGUCUGCUAAAAAAACCAAAGUGAAUUAACCUUGAAAUUAAAGCUUGCUUACCUUCUACUUUCCAAAAAACUAAAAAACGUACCUUCACUAAGUCCCUUUCAAAAAGCAAAAAGGUUUAUUACCACCUGCUUUGAAGUACCUUCUUCCUAUUUUCUGCUCUAACAUAAGAAAUUCAUAUUUUAUACUAGUUUACUGGUCUUAGUUUGCAGUUACUACACUAGAAACAAAAUCAAGGAAGCUAUUUUUUAAUCAGACCAAGAUUAGAUUACCUUUGAAGGAAGAGCUACUUUGUGUUCUAGUUCCUGAUUACUAGGGAUUCAGCAUGCUCCUUGCACAUUUCACAAUAAGGAAAGAGCCCAAAUUGCUGCUUUUCCUUGAACUGAAAACAAGUUCACAAAAUGAGGAAAAUAUUAAAUCACUAUUUCAAAUAUGAUAGGUACUGUCAAGGGAUGUUUAUUUGGCUUAGCUGCAGUCUUUGCAGUCAAAGACUGCAAAAUUUAGCUCCUUGAAUACUCCACCACGAGAAUAUUGGAAUUUUUACCAAAAAAAAAAAAAAAGUUAACCUCAAUCAUGCUAGGAAAGACAUAUUCAACUAUGUGCUAUCCAGGAGGAUAAGCUAUGCAAGCUGUUAAAAUAACAUUGCUUAUAUUAAACCAGAAUGCUAUUAUAGGGGCAAUAGCAAAUUCUUAAGUUAUUACUUACUCUGUCAAGCUAGAUAUAAAACUUCCAUGCCAAAGUAUUUACAGAUUUAAGUAACCAUCAAUGUAUCACUAUUUAUUACAGAGGAAGCAUGUUUUGAUGUUAGCAGAUUGAAUUUAUUCCUGGUCAUUAUAAUUCUAGAGCUAGUAGGUCUAAUCUUCAACCUGUAUUUGUGUUGAGAGAAAAGUUUAACACCUCCUCCCAAGUAUCUUUUUAAGAAUUUGUGUCUCUUCAAUAAUUUGAUUCCCAGUCUUCAGCGGCAAUUACUUAUCACUUAAAUUAAGCUAUUUUCAUGAAAGCUAAAUCCUUAUCCCUUAUCAGGGGAAAGUUGUGAGCAGACUAAUUCUGUGAGGCAUUACAUCCAGCCUGCUCUUAUCCAUCACCUAUCCCAGAGCUUGAAUACAAAUGCCUCAUAUAAACAUCAAGUGUAGAGUGCAAGAGGGCUGCUGUGUUUCCCAAAAUCCCCAGGGAUGACAGUAUCAUGACUAGGCCAGAAUUUGAGCUGUUCUGUAAUACAGCAAACUGUUGGUU